CGAUUUAUGACAUUUUCUCCAUUAAAAAAAAAACACCGCCUCGAUCUUCCAGAUCAUUCCCACCGCCUCGCUUAUCAGUUCCUUCCAUUCCCUACCGGCCUCCAAACCACCGCCUCAGUCGGGUGUUCAUCGGGUUACUGUCGACCAUGGUCACCGCCUCGACCGCUCACCGCUCCACCGCCUCAUCCGUUUAAUAGUCGAACGUUAGAGGUUGCCACUUUUCUCCUCUGUUGAUGGAUUCUGGAGGCUUCGUUUGUAUUUCGCUUGCCUUCUAGAGGGAUAUGAUGAAGACCAGGAAGAGAAUCACUAACAAUCAAAAGUCGAAUCUUAACUCGCAGCGAUUGAUCGGAUAUGUGCUGAUUUGGAUAGGGUUAGUUCGUUAUCCAGACAAGCAACCAAUUCAUCCCCGAUGGAAAACAAGCAAAAGGAUGACUCACCGUUCGUCUGCACUUGGGAAAACACCUUCUGGUAACAGAAGAUUACAAUAUCUAUUGCAGCAACGUCGUAAUCGAACAUGUGAUGACUGUGGUGCACCUGAUCCUAAGUGGGCGUCAGCUAAUAUUGGAGUGUUCAUAUGCUUAAAACGUUGUGGUGUUCACAGAUGUCUUGGUGUUCAUAUUUCCAAGGUUUUACCAAUGACAUUAGAUUCAUGGAGUGAUGUUGAAAUUGAUGCCAUGAUUGAAGUUGGAGAAAAUGCAUCUGCAAAUUCAAUCUAUGAAGCAUAUAUUCCUCAAGGAAUUUCUAAACCUAGACCAGAUGCUACUCAAAAAGAUUGUUCAAAAUUUAUCAGGUGGACGAUUUUGCCCUUGUCAUCUAAAACAUGCCUUUUUGAACACAUGAAAGAUAUGCUCAGACCAUUUUUCAAUUGCUGUUAUAUGAUUCUGCACUGUGGGAGUUACCCCUGUUCAGAGCACCUUUUCGUCUCCCCUGCUUCGCCUAAAUUGUAUUCAAAUUGCCAUUCCAGUCCUUGAUUUUCCGUCUUCUCCAUCAUCUUCGUUGAGGUUCUGGUCCGAGGUCGGUAAUUUUGUGCUUUUUUUCUACACUUUUUUUUCCAUAUCAGAAAAAUUGAUUGUUGUUGUUGGUUUUUUGGAGAUAGAUUCAAUUUAGCAAUGUACAUUUUUUUUUAUUCUUUUUUUUAUAGCAUACUACAAUACUUUGAUAUCUUUUCUUAUUAACACAUUGUCCUGUGA